UAGGAGCGAGAGCGCACCGUGCUUCAGCAGGCAGAGCUGCGGCUGGACGCUGCUCAGCGGCUCACAGGCAGGAGAAGGCAUGGCCACACAUAUUCCAACAUGCAGCACAGAUAUUUUGCCAGUGCGCGUUAUCCUCAGACGGAGCGGACCGUCGGGCUGCAGGCUGCACGCUGACUGGGGAUCUGUUCAUGCGCGCCUAUCCAUGCCUUUUCAUCUCGUCACAUUAGUGCACCAGCAGCGGAGCAGCGCGUUAUAGAUGGACUCCUGUGUGAUCAGAGGAGCUGGGCGGUGAAUUCAUCCCGGCAUUCAGCCAGCAUGGAGGCGCUUAACGCCAGCGGACCGGACGCCUUCACGGUGGUCCAGCUCAAUUCCUCCUGGAGCCUGGAGAGCGGGUAUUCUCUAGCCGCGAUAGCUGGCAUCGCGGCUCUCGUAAGUUUCCUGAUUCUUUUCACGGUUGUUGGGAAUAUUCUGGUUGUCAUCGCCGUGUUAACGAGCAGGGCGCUGAAAGCCCCCCAGAAUCUGUUUCUCGUGUCCCUGGCCACCGCGGACAUCCUGGUCGCCACUCUGGUGAUGCCCUUCUCUCUGGCCAAUGAGCUGAUGGGCUACUGGUAUUUCGGGAAAGUUUGGUGCGGCAUCUAUCUGGCUUUGGACGUGUUGUUCUGCACCUCCUCCAUCGUGCACCUGUGCGCAAUCAGCCUGGACCGGUACUGGUCCGUUACGCAAGCCGUGGAGUACAACCUGAAGCGGACUCCAAAGCGCAUCAAGUGCAUCAUCCUGAUUGUGUGGCUGAUCUCUGCUUUCAUCUCCUCCCCGCCGCUCAUGUCCAUCGACAGUAACAAGGACGGCAGCUCGCAGCCGCAGUGUGAGCUGAACGACGAGACGUGGUACAUCAUCUCCUCCAGCACUGCCUCCUUCUUCGCGCCCUGCUUGAUCAUGAUCCUGGUGUACAUCAGGAUAUACCAGGUGGCCAAAACCAGAACCAGGAGCGUGUCAGGAAAGAACCCCAGACCAGAUGGUGUUACACAGACUGAGAACGGACUGAGCAAGCCGUCCUCGCCUUACCACGGCGAGAGGGAGAACGGUCACUGCCAGUGCCCUCCUACGCCCAGCCAGCGCACGGUCACCAUGGGCCCGCAGACUGAGGAGGCCGAUAUAGACGAGAGCUCCUCCUCGGAGGGCAAAGGUCACAGACCCCAGCGCCGGGACUCCCAGAGAGCCCCAGCGGGUGACCAGAAGAAGAGCUCCCUCCCGAUUCGCAUCUCCGGGGUCAGCAACAAGUCCAUGGACAUCUUCACCUCCAGGAGGAAGUGUCGCCGGAGCUCGUUUGCCAGGAAAAAGGUCUCGCAAGCACGGGAGAAGAGGUUCACGUUCGUCCUGGCUGUGGUCAUGGGGGUGUUCGUGGUGUGCUGGUUCCCUUUUUUCUUCAGCUACAGCCUCUAUGGAGUAUGUGGAGACUCAUGCAAGAUCCCCGACCCGCUCUUCAAGUUCUUCUUCUGGAUCGGUUACUGCAACAGCUCCCUCAACCCGGCCAUUUACACCAUCUUCAACCGGGACUUUAGGCGUGCGUUUCAGAAGAUCCUCUGCAAGUCUUGGAAGAAGUCCUUCUAAAGGACUGAAAGGAAAACUUGACAAAUUGUGUUUGCUCUUUGUUGAAUCUCAUUGUCCUGCUGUGUGUCUGUCUUGGAAGUGCACACCCUGGAUCAGCUGCUGGGGCAACAUCCUGUAUAUUUUCAUCACUGGGCUUCUUACAGACCUUCCUAAUCAGAUUAUUGAAUGGGGCUGUCCUUUAUGUCUGAGCUGUAAUUCUGUUAAAAGGGUAUUUUCUGUAAAAAAAAAAAAA